CGCUACUAGGCCAAAAUAAUUCGUUGGCCAGUGAGGAUAAUAUACAACUUAUUCACACCUAUUUUCACACUGGCCCACGCAAACCUAACGUGUUUUCAGUAGACGAAACUAGCUUUGUGACGAUAUGUUGUGUUCUUCGUUGGGCGGUGACAUUUUUGCUGGGUUCGUGUGAAAACAGGAGAACGCAGUUUUAUAUUUCUAAACCGGGCAAUGGACGUCAGCUGAUCGUGUAUUUAAAUGUGUACCUGUUUACUAAGUUUUGUUUUUAACUAAACAUAUGGAAUCUGAAUUUUCAACAGAUAAACUUUGCGAUUUACCACCAGUGCCGCCAAAAACAUAUCAAUGGGAAGACUUACGAAAAGCGCGUGAGGCUGGGGCUUAUCCUUGGACCCAUUUACUCAAACCGCCGUUAGAAGGAGAAAUAACAGCGGAAGAUAUAAUAAGGGAGACAACGCCUAGGAGAAGCAUGUCUCGUGAAUUUUCAAAAUCCCGAACACAUUCACCGAGUGAUGGGGAACCACAAAAGAUAUUAAAUCUUAACUCUUCACCAGGGAGUAGCAGAAAACACAGUGAAGAAGGUGCAAUCGCCGGCGUACAAAUACCAAAUUUUUCUAAAGAAAUAUCUUUAGAUUCAGAAGAUGAUAUAUUAAAUCAAGCUAUAGUUAGUGGCACAAAACGACCGGAGAGUCAAAUAAGCACACAUUUAGUGACACCAGUUGAAAUACCAAAAAGUGUAUCCCCAAAGGGUAUUUUAAAACGCAGAGCUCAAGAGCAGCAAUACAACAUUGGCGUUUCAGAAACACGCGAAAAAACAAAAUGCUGCCAUCCAUUAGUCAACAAAAUAAAACAUUUAGCGGAUAAAACAUUGCAUAAACUGGAAAGAACAGAAUGUGAAAAGUCUCCUUUAACCAAAAGGAAGAAAAAUGAAAAUAUCCAGGAAAUACGACAGUUGAAAUCUUCGCCCGGAGCUGUUCGCAGACAAAAGUUUAGUGCAAUCAAAUUAGGGGAUUCUGAUGAAAUGAGUAAAACAAUGAGUAUUGACACGCCUCCACCAAGAAAAAAAAAGGAUCACAUUUACGAGGACAUAGAAGAAUCCAAAUAUAAUGACAAUGAAUCGCUUAAUUCUAAUAGAGCGAUCAAUUAUAACAGCAAUGACAAAGAAAACCAUCUAGACAUUGAUAAUCUCGUAGAAACAAAAUCAGUAGCUUCUCACGAUCCCAGUUUGGUUAUAGAAGAAAACCAUAGUUCAAGUGUAAACAUAAUGGAACAAUUGCAUAAAAAAGAUAAAACAAAACAAAGGAAUGAAGACUUAGAUGAUAUGGAUACCGAAGAACCAAGUGUUGAUGACAUAUUUCACGAACAACUUGAGGGCAAUAGACCAGCCAAUGAAUCUCCAAACAUAACUAUUACGGAAAUCACAGAGGAUAACCCCGAUAAUAAUAUUGAACAAUCCAACACCAUACCCAUCGAAUCAUCACCCAGUCCAAGUCCUCGUGAAUUUCAAGAAAAACGAAGUGAUGUAGAAAUUAUUGAUAACGAAUGGUCUAAACCCAGCAGUGAUCACGAGUAUGAAAUAAUAGAAAAACCACCUCCGAAUAUAAUCUAUACCGCACCGAGCGUCGAGGAGAGACCGAAAAUGGUAAAAAAUGAAGAUGAGCUGUCAAGUACUACUUCAUUAGAACGUAAAUACUUGCAACACACAUCUGACGAAGAUGAGCAAAUGGAAGAAAAGGAAACCGACCAAAACGGUGACGAAAUUCUGACAGCUGAAAGUAUGCAAAAAAAUAUAGAGGAGCGGUUUUUUGUAAAUACCCCAUCUACAGCUUCAAGGACAGAAUGUGAAAUAAGCACAAGUCAAGUGGAUUCAUCUGCUUUGGAGCAGUUACCCUUACAACGAAGUAAACGAUCGAAAAACUCUGAAAACGUUGACAAAAAGAUUCAACAACGUAUUAAAGAGGGAACAGGAAAAUUAAAGUCCCAAGCUGGAAAACUAAAGACGAAAAUACAAAAUAUGAAAGCAAAACAUGUUACUAGUGCCGAAAAGCCAAAAGUUAGUUCUUCUGAGCGCCCGAAAUUCAAAAUGCCAGAUAGACCAAAAAUAAGCUUUCCCGAGAGACCCAAGUUCACGCUACCUGACCGUAGGAAGUUUAGUUUACCAGAAAGGUCAAAGUUCAAAAACUUUAAUCUACAAGAAAAGUUCAGCAUCGGUGAUAGAAAGAAAUUUACAUUUCCGAAUCGACCUAAAUUUACUGUUCCUGAUCUAUCAAAAAUAAAAAUGCCAGAGCGACCUAAAAUUAAUUUUCCUAGUUUAGGUAGAAAGAAAGAAUAUAAGGUUGACACAACUGUUACUGAGUCCAGUUCAGACAACAUGCAAAAUGUGGCGACGGUUGAUUUCGAAGCUAAAACGUAUCCAAGAUUUUUUAACCGAAAAAAGAAAUCUGAAUUGGAAAAAACAUCUUCCUCACCAACGCUAAAUAGAGAAGAUACACCUCCACCGACAUUCACUUUUACUCGAGUUAAAAAGAACAAGGAAGAGUCUUCUUCAUACAUUCCUGAUAGUCCUGAGCAACCACGGGAGUACGGUAAUAUUGAAAACGAUCACAGUUUUGAAAAUGGACAAGAAAGCAGAAAACAAUUUGAAACCACUUAUGAUUUUGACAAAUUAAGUCCUGAAUAUAUGGACGAACACAUUGAACCAUCUCACUUAAAAGAAUCACGAAAUGCGGCCUCCAUUCCUGAUAUGUCAAACCAAGAAUACACACAUAUUAACGAAAUAAAUAAUGACGAAUUUUUUGUACGACCGAGGGGAAUUUCUCGCGAAAAUAUUCAAGUUAGAGAGUAUCUUAGUGACGAAAUACGACAAGCAUUUAACAUACCAAAGAACGUCCUUGCAACUAUGGACGGCAAUACAGAAAUAAACGACGAGCAUAUGUAUGCUAACGAAGCUGAAGCUGACCCAGAACUAAUGAUUGACGAAAACGAACCCAUACGAUAUUCAACUGAAGACUUAAAUGAUAGAGAUGACGGUUAUUAUACCUUCCCACCAGUUAGGCCGUCUAGAGCGAAACGAAAGAAAAAGGAAACGGAAUCUAUUAAAUAUAUUGACGAUAGUAUUAACGCGAGCUUACAGUUCAGCGAGGUAGACUUGGGACUUCCGGAAUAUCAAACGGAAGAACAGCCAAUGGAAAUAAAUACAUCACAAGAAAUUGUAGAAAACUCAAAUCAUUUCCCAGAGUUCACACGGCCAACUGACCUGCGUUCUAUUCAUGAAUAUGCAAAUGACGAUGUUAUCGAAUAUCCAGACAACAUACCUGUACAUUCGCAAACCCUCCCUAUGCCUCCCAAAAGAAAGAAGAAGUUCUUAAAGAAAGAUCUUAAACAUUCGUCAUUAAAUGAUUUUAAGAGUAUAACACCAACUGAGCUGUUUGAAGAACACGAUGAACAACCAGACGAUAUUAUUGUGUACCGCACGGAGCAUGAAUAUGUCGUGCCCACAACAGAGCCGACCGUAACAGGACAGAGCCCUGUAGCGCCACGGCGAAAUCGGUCAAGAAGCUCGCGCGGUACAUCUCUCUGUGACGACGAUCGAACGUCCCAUGGAGCAGAAUCACUUAUACUAGACACACAGUUUCCGCCAGCAGUUGAUGUAAAUAUUCUUAGAGACAUAAGACAAGAAAGCCCUGGAUAUGCAACGGUAGAUAAAGGACCCUGUACUCCUAGCAAAGGUAUAAGAAGGUCUAAAAGUAAAACUCCACCAGCACGACGUCGCAAGAGUAACAGUUCUGAAAGAAAGUAUUAUACAGUUGGUCCAAGUAAAGAGCCAAUGCCUAACCGUCCACCGAGGAAAAAGUCAUCAACCAGCUUAAUGACAUUAGACAGUUUUACAAAACGGUCAGUUAGUGGCGAUAUUACUCAGUAUGUAGAAAUCGAGGAACCUCAAUUUGAAGAAAUUCACAAGGACUUGAUAUCUGGGGAAGUGGUAAAAAAAAUGAAAGAUAGACCGUUACCUCCUCCGCCACGACCACCUCGAGGCCCAAAACGAAAAAAGAGGUUCAGCGAUGAAUCUUUAGAACAUAUUGCAAACGAUCAAGUUACACCAUGUGAGUCUUAUCCUCAAUUGGCAGAAAGUUCAGUGAAAGCUGACGAUGUUGUAGAAAUAGAGGUAUCAACGCAAACAGAUCCACUUCCUGAUGACAUUGAUUAUGAAUUUUGUUUAGACGAAAAUCUUGAUAUAUCAAUGUCUAGUUCGUUGAGAGAUAUUAUUGACGAAGAUUCUAUUAUGGGAAGAUCUAAGAGAAAAGUGUCAGAAAGUCCUCAUAUUUCUCGAACAACAUCACGUUCUGAAAAGUCGCUCAAAUUAUCAGAUCCCAAAAUAUUUGAGUUAUCAAAAUUAAACAUUGACAGAUCUUCUCCAACUGUAAUUUUGGUGGAGAAACGAGUAUCUAGUCCAACAAAAAUUAACGAACGCGAGGAAAUGUUAACUGAAGCCUCCUUAACCGUUCAGCACAUUGACGUGGAUGAGUCUACUGUUCCUCAAGUACCACCACUACCAAAAUCUAAAGGCAUUAUACCUACUACCGCCGACAAGAAAACUUUUAUUCCACCAAGCGACGAACAAACACUUGAAAGAGUAUCAUCAGAAGGUACUAAAGACGUUCAAUUAGAUAAUUUAGUUACGCAACGACUUCAAGUAAAAGAUUUAGAUGUAGGAAAACUUAAUGUGUCGGAACUUCAAGCAAGCAAAAUUCUCGUAUCUGAUAUUGAAGGAAUGACGUUGCAGGUCAGUGAACUAGAUUCAAAAUCUGGUCACAUAUCCGUAAGUGGCAUUGAAUUUUCUCAAUCAGUAAUUGAUGAGAUUGUUAAGAAAUUUGCCGAGAUCUCAACAACAAAUAUUCCUACUGCAACUCGUAGUCCAGAAGUUCCCGACUUACCAAGACCGAUGAGUCGCGAGGAACAUACUCAAACGGAUGAAAUACAGCCCGAAGAAAGAACAGUUGAAAAAACAGAGCAGAUUACAGAAGUACCUGAAAGUGAAAUUGCAGGACCUUCGACAUCACAAGGACUUUUUAGUGUAGACGAAUCCACUGUUCCACCUCAAAGACCUCCACCACCAGACCUCGGUCCACUUUUAUAUUCAUAUCUACAAGAUCUAGCUAUUCCCUCAACGAUGUAUCCUCGAGCGAAGCCAUUUGAUUUUCAUGAACCGCACCAUCAAACUCCACCGCCACCUGCACGAAGGGCAAAGAGGAAGCCUGCCGCUCUGCCGGCUACUGAAUCCAGUUCAGAUGAAGUUCAGAUGAAGGCUCGGCCAUCGCCUCGACCAAUGCCAGUCAAGCCGCACGAGCCAACUGUGACUGAGUCAGGUGCACAAUUCAUUCGAGCUUGUCAUCAUUCAAUAACACGAACUAUUAGAAAUAUAUUCAACACUUUCAUGUCUUAUAUACACGGUCAUGAAGACAAAAAAGAUAUGCAAAUGGCGUUGGUUAUAUUUUUAGUAUUGAUCGCGGGUUUGAUUAUGUUCGGACUCAGCGACGGCCGAACUGUACACCAUCAUCAUUGGGAAUUCUUUAAUCCACCUGAUGGCAAUCAAUAAAGUAUUGUACUUAGCUUUCGUCUACUUAAUCAUAAGUAUUUUAGUUUUCAGUCCACAAUAUAAUAGUUAAUACAAAUACCUAUAUAAAAAAUUACUAUGCAUGUUACUAACAUUAAACGUUGGAUGUAAUUUAAUUUAAACAAAAUUCUAGAUUUUUGUUUUUUUUUUUCUAUAGCAACAUUUGACACUGGUGUAAAGUUUAACUAAUGCACUUUUCGCACAAAUAUAAAAAUUCGCACGAAAUUUUUUAUUAAUUCAAUACGAUUAAAAGCUCAAACAUAAUUACGAACGACACUUGUUUCUAACUAUAUUUAAAAAAGAGUUGUUAAGUUUUUUGUUACUUAUAUAUUCGUUGUUUAUAAUUGAUUCGUAAAAACUUAUUUAUUUAAAUUAUUCUUAAGGAUUCGGACUAUUUGUUAUUUAUUUAUAUCAACUAAUUGAAAUGAAAAAUAAAACAUCAAACAAAAUCUUUCUUACCAUUUGCAGAAAAGUUAAGCCAAUCCAAAUCACAGAAAGACAUGUUAAAAAAUUUAAUAACUUUUAUUAGGUACUAUUAUAAGGUAGGUGUUGUUAAAUAAAAUGUCUUCUAUCUACAUCUAAAUAUACAUAUGUAUGUUUGUAAUAUAAAUAUUGUAACGUAGUGUGGGCUGGUAUUAUGCAUUUUGUAAGUUUCCUCUCGCAAUUGUUGUGUAAAUUAUAA